UCCAGAGCCGAUCACUUAGAUUCUGACAAUCCUCUUGAUGCCCUAUGUUUUAUUUUCAUCGCAGCUGCUUUGAGAAGAAACUAAAGGGGAGAAAGCUUUACCUGCAAGCUGAAUUAGUAACAUACAAACACACGUUCUACACUUCUCCUGGGAGUAUGCUGCGCUCCUAUUUACGCCCCUCUCUCCCUCACCUCUUGCCGUUGAGGCUCUUGAGUUCUGCGGCCUCCAAGACAGUAGCGGUGAAGCAGCCUGAACUUCUUUCAGACACUCUGGCCUUUGAGGACCCCCGAGCCUUCAAAGUGAAGAGUAUGGGUGAGCUGCUCCGUGCUCUGGGGGUUUUUCGUCUCUGCUCCUUCCCAGUGUUGGUUAACCACUGUGGAAAGCUGAUGUCAGUAGCACGCACACUCUUGGGGAGAAGGGGGUUUUCCUUGCUGCUGCGUCCCACUGUGUAUGCCCAGUUUGUGGCCGGAGAGAACGAGGCUGAGAUCUCUCAGUCCAUGCAGAAGAUGAGCUUGCAGGGACUGAGACCCAUGCUGGCUGUACCUAUUGAGGAGGACCUUGGAGAGAGCACUGGGGAGAAAAGAUACAACGACAACAUGCUCGCCAUGCUGGAAUGUGUGCGAAUGUCCCACAGCAACGCUUGGAGCAAAGACCCAAUGAUGCAGCUGAAGAUCACGGCGCUGCUCAGCCCAGAGCUGUGUGCGAAACUCACAACCCUCAUCACGCAACAGCCAUACGAUCUGAAUCUCCUCGUCAGAGCAAUGGAUGGAGAGGUAAAAUCAGCUUCCUGGUUUGGAUGAAAGGAGGCUGCCCACUUCCACUGUAGCCUGCAGAGACUCAACAAGAUAGCAGAGGCAAGCGCAAGCAAAGUCAGAGUCUUGGUUGAUGCAGAGUACACCUACAUGAACCCUGCCCUUUCUCUUGUCACCAUGGCAAUGAUGAAGAAAUUUAACAAAGAUGGUGCCUGGAUCUGGAACACAUAUCAGUGUUACCUGAAGGACUCCAGGUCGCUCCUCUUAGACGCACUUUGUCUAUCCAAGAAUGAAGGUUUCUGUUUGGGUGUCAAGCUGGUGAGAGGCGCCUACAUGGACAAAGAACGAAAACUGGCAAUGGAAGAGGGUCGCUUGGACCCCAUACAUCAGAGCUGGGAGGACACCAAUGACAGUUAUAAUGGCUGCCUUGAUGUGUUGAUGGAAGUCAUAUCCCAGGAACCUGAGCGGUACAGGAUCAUAGUGGCCACUCACAACGAGGAGUCGGUGAGACGAGCUGCAAAACGGAUGAAAGAGCUGGGGAUAGACAAAGCUGGAGGCUCAGUGUGUUUUGGCCAGCUGCUGGGCAUGUGUGAUCACGUCUCCCUUACACUGGCUAAGGAGGGUUACACUGUGUACAAGUCAGUGCCCUAUGGCUCAGUGGAUGACACGCUUCCCUAUCUGGUGCGUCGGGCUCAGGAGAACCGCACAGUGUUGCAGGGAAUCCGCAAAGAGAGGGACCUACUGAGGAAAGAGCUCAACCGGAGACUCCGACUGAGUUUAAGGGGAGGCAGCUAACAGGCCAGCAACACUAAACUCUACUGCUGAACACAUGGGAACUUUUAUAUUAAGGUUUGAAACCAGAAGGCGGUGUGGAAAAAACUUUUGUGGUGAGCGCUGCUGAACAGACGAAUGCGAAAUGUGUGUACACAUUCAUGUAUCUUGAGAGUGCAAUAUCCAAAAAGCCCAUGAAAACUACUAUUGAGCCUGCUAAUUAGGAACAGAAGGUACAUUAAGUAUACAACUCUUAAUUCUAAUGUACUGAUCGUCUUAAAACUGUGUGGGUGAAAUGAAUAAAGAUUUGAUCAUUACAGAACACUGUGCAUUGGAUGGACAGGCUAUUAAUAGAAUGCAUUUUAAUGCAACUAUGAUCUUUGGUAAUCCACAUUCUUCUUUAAAGAGAGAAACUUGAUGCUCAGAACUCCCCUUAACCUACAUAAGUAUUUAUAAAACUAGACUGAACUAACUAGUAAUAGAAUAUGUCAGCAGUGGUGACAAGUGACUGCUGGUUAGUAUUUUCCCUGGCCUGGCUGAUCUGACCUACUUACCUUGUGGCCAGGUUAAAGAGUGAUUUGAGUGGCGUUGAGGGGGGGGGAAUGACUCACUCAAAAGUCAUAAUAAUUUAUACUCAAGCACAGACUUUUUUGGACAGACUGUGAUCAGCUGACCUUUGACACUGCGGUUUACUACUCUUAGUGGAGCCAAAUAUUUUUAGAAGAAAGUCCUGUCACUUUGCAACAUCUUGAAAUGCCUAUGCAUACUUACUUUGGCAAUUAUUUUUAAGCACCAUCUAAAUGAACCUUAAUUUCAGUGGUUAAUAGAGCGGUUAUAUUUGCCACUAUCAGUUUUCCAUACACGACUAAUAGAAAAACAUGAUUCUCACCAUCAUACUUUUAUGUUACAAAAUUCUCCCAGAUUUAAACUCUGGUCUCUUUGAAGCCAUGUCUCUCUCUCCUUCAAUGCCUCUGCUGCCACCUAUGACGCCAGUCUGCCCUACACCAGUGUAACAGAUUGUACCACAAAACUAGAAGCUACCCAGUUUUGCCUGUACUUGCUGUUCAGUAUAACCUUUAAACAGCAAAAGAUUUUACAGUUUAAAAAUAAUUAAUUUUCCUUGUAAUUUCCUUGUCCUCUUUUGCUGUCACAUUUUUUUCUACUUGGGAAAUACAUUCUGUACCUUUAGAUAAGACUGUUUUCUCUGGGAUAAA